AUGUCAUCCUCGGCUUCCUUUUCCCUCAAACCCAUCACCGAGGAUGAUAUCCCAGCCCUGACUAAGAUGGAAAGCCUCACCUUUGAGAGCGACAGACACACCCUCCUUAAGGCUGCCCACCCCACUCGACCCUACGAUCAUGCCGCUGGCGUGCCAGACAUGAUCAAAUACAGGCUCAGCCUACCGGCAAACAAGGUCGAACUUAUCAAGGCUGUCGAUGAUGAGACAGGAGAAAUCUUGGGCCACGUCUGCUGGGGCUUACGCCUGAGCGUACCGCAGCCACAGCCACAGCCUCCAGAGCCCAGCAGCACUGAACAGGCAGAGCAAGGCAAGGCAAAGAACUCCAGCAAGCUGCCCGCGCGCGUUGUGCCUCAAGACUAUGAGAAGACCAAUGCCCCGGAUCUGGACUCGAUCGCCCAGCUGGAGGAGCUCACCUCGUCACACUUUGCCGACUUUAUGAAACGCGUCAUGCCAGACGGCACCCGCUGCAUGUAUGUGGUGGGUCUCUCGGUUCAUCCUGCCCAUCAGCUCCGGGGCGUCGGCACGGCCUUGAUGAGGCGAGGCACAGAUCGAGCUGAUGCUGAGGGUGUGUUCUGCUGGGUACAUUCGAGCGAGGCGGCGGCUGGCAUGUACCGCAAGUGUGGUUUCGAGGUCGACGACACCCUCGAGAUCGACCUGGACCACUGGGCUGCACCGCUGGACAUCAAGCCGCCUGCUGGUGAUGAGAAAUGGGGCACCUAUACCUUCAAGUACAUGAUCAGGCAGCCUCGGGCUGUCAAGGACGCGCUGAGCAGCUGAUCAUUCUCUUCAUGUAUGAAUCUUGUGUCUCGCAGCACACACUGUUGUAAUAUAUAUAUGUGUGUGUCUAGAACAAAGGAAAAAUUACACUCCG